AUAUAUAUAUAUAUAUAUAUAAACAUUCCCUCAGUAUCAUACCAUUUCAUUUCAUUGUAUCCCCCCUUCUCCAUGGUCUUGUCACUUCCUCAUCUCGUUUGUUUUUGAUUUCUUUUUGUCAUGUUUGUUACCACCAGACAAAAACCAAGUUAGAGAAAUAGCGGAAAGAAGGUAAGUGAUAGGACGAAAGUAAUAUUUCUGAUGCAAAAAAUAAUGGUGCCUAAAAUUAGUUUUUUUUAUCUAACUGUUUAUUGGAAAACUGAAUAUAAUAAAUGGUAGAGGAAAACAAGGUAGAUGCCAGUAAACAAAUAAACUCAUCACAAAUAGUAAUCAUAGUCUACCAGCUAAUUAACUUUUAGAAAACUCAUUUAAACUUAAUUUAUACGUAAAUUACUUAUUUGUUUUCUAUACGUACAAGUUUGGUUGUCCGUAUAUACUUUAUAGUAUAGACAUAAUAUGAUUGUCUUUUAUAACACAAAUUUUACCCACUAAACACUUGUUGGACUAAAACGUUUGAAUCUUUCGUUAGCCAUAUUUGUUUAUUUGGAGUUUACCUUUUAAAUGAACUGGCCGAUUUCGCUUGUUAAGGUCUAGUUUUAUUUGGAGGGAGUUCUCGAAAUCAAUUUGCUAUUCUAAUAACUUGAUCUACUUUUGUAUUCCAGUUUCCUUUCUACUGAUAUUCAAUGAGUCCUUUUUGUUGCGUAUGCGUAUUUAGUUUCUACUCCCGUUGUACAUAAAUUUCAAGUCUGUUAAAAUUUAUAAUGGUUAAAAUUAAUUUCUAUUUCACCUGACUAGUCAUGUAAUAGACUUUGAACCCCGACUACCAGAGCUAAUGAUUAUUUUCCUAAACCGAAACGUAUGGUUCAAGGAGACGACCAAAUAGUUGAAGGAUAGUUCGUCAAACAGAUGAAAACUUCAUAUAGUAGCUAGAGCAUUCAAAUUUAUUGUUGCAAUAAUUUUUGGAUGUUCCCCUUUUGUUUUUGUAGACUGUUUGGCCUAUCAGGAACAUGCGCCAAAUGUCGAGUUCAAAUUCCUCCAGAUGAAUUGGUGAUGAGAUGUCAAGACAAAGUCUAUCAUGUGAACUGUUUUUGUUGUACUCACUGUCAUUCUCUGUUGCACCCCGGUGAUAAAGUGUGUUUUAUGGAUGGCAAUUUAUUUUGUGAGCAUGAAUUCCCUCAUUUGUUUUCUGGGCCUCCCAAACUGACUUCACUAAGAUUAACAUCAUCUUCUGCAAGUCCUUGUACUUCUAAUGAUUCUGAUAUUAGUCGUGGCCAAAUGACCAUUGAGUUACAAACAAAAAUGAAUGGUGCUUCAUCUUCUAGAUCUUUCAAUAUAAAUCCCGCGUCUUUAGAGCAGCAACAACAACAGCCAUCUGGUGCUUUGCCAAAUAAACUCAUAUUUUCCCAAUCCGAUAUUUUAUCAUCACUCAGUCCUCAUCCAUCCAGUCCAAUUAUGUCAUUUCCUAAUAACAUGCAACCAAAUCAAGAUAAUAAUCAGCAACUUGUGCAACACGGGUUUUAUGUUACAGACGUUGAGCAACCGUUCGGUGACACAUCUAGUGUACAGAACUCAUCCGAAAAACCUUUGAAAUCAUCAAUGAUUAACACGACAAAUGAGACAACUAAUGGUCGUAAAAAACAACAAAAAAAAGUAGAUAACCGUCGUUGCCCUGCGCUCCGUGUUUGUUGAGCUUGAAAGACUAUAUUGUGAUUGGUCCUUUAGAACCACAAUUCUUUUCGCCAAUUUUUCAAAAUUUUCUUAAUGUAAGAAUUGAACGUUUAUCUUUUUCUGUUUCGUUUUUGUAAUAAAAACUUCACCAGACUAUUUGGAAAUAUGUACUAUCAAUUAAGACGUUCAAUAUUCAUUAUUCUUUGCUAUAACAGUUUGUACAAAUAUUUUUUGUUCUAUCUUUAAUCCUGUUCAGAUAAAUAAGUGCUUAAAUCUCAUGUUUUAGAGAACUGACAUUUUGUCGUGCUUUGCGUUCAUUGGGAGGGAUCAUCUGCAUGCGUCUUAAGAAAACAUGUUUUUCGUUUGUACUUGACAUUUACGUAUCAUAGUACCGCUAAAGUAAUAAGAUUUUACCAAUUCUUAAAAUCCUUUAAUUAAUACUUGUCGUUAUAGCACAAAACAGUGCCAUUCUGUGAGAGGAUUUUAUCUUCUACCUCACCGGGUGUCUGUUCAGUGUAUCUUAAUGCAUGACAAGUGAUUGCAUUUACCCAAUCCUUAGAAUUGUCGUUAAUUUGAAUUCUUCAAUCUUAACAUAUUCUUAUUACCAAGGUUCCUCACAGUUUGACAGUAUAUAGUCUCCAUCAAAAAUUUGCCGUCAGAAUUAACUAAUUUAGAAACUGUAUAUCACGGUGGUGUUGUAAUUAUCUAUGAGUGUAGAUGGUGUUGUCAAAUAGCUCGUAUGUGACAUUUGUUCAGUAAACACCAAUUGUCGUGCUUCGGAAUUUCCAACUUAGAAAGACUGUCGAAUCUGUUAUUCCUUUAAGGAAGUCAAGUUCCGAAAACCAGUAUUUGUCCUACGAGAUUCUUCUGAGAUAAAGCAACAUCUAUGGAGUAAUAUACGUAACCAUGGUAUGGUUCAAAUGGCCCGGUCUAUUGGUUUACUUCCCAGGCUCUUCGUAUAUAUGAUUAUUA